GGGUAUCGGACAGAGCAUUCUUCGCCGUUUACGAUGGCCAUGGAGGUGACCGCGUGGCCAAGUACGCUGGGAUACAUCUGCAUGAGCUGCUGCUGAAUAGCUCGGAAUACAAAGAUGGAGACUAUCAUGCUGCAUUAAAGAAGUCCUUUCUAGGCCUGGAUGAGAAAAUGAGAGACGACAAACAAAUGCUCAACGUCAAGAGUGGGGCCACAGCAGUCGCAACCUUAGUUACGCGUAUGUGA